CAUCAUGGCGGGAAUAUUAGUUUGAUUUACGAGAUUCUAAACUACAUUUUAACCAUGAAGCAAGAGAUUUAUCAACAGAUAUUAUCCAUGAUGCAUACUUAUGGUUCAAGGGACUGUUUGAAAACCAUUGCUUUGCAGUUCCCGGGUGUGACAUAUAACACACUAGUUAGUAUAUACUCACAAGAUUAUCAGAAAAAGACAAGAAAAAAUCACCACAAACACCACAAGCCAGAAGUGAUGGAGGCCUACUACAAGAGAUACUUGUCUGGUGUAUCUCAGGACUCAGGAGAGCCUGUAUUGUUAAGGAUUGCUGAAGAGGUUGAUUUAUCCCAUUCUCUUCUGGCAAGAAUAGUACUUGUAAGGCAUCUUUCUCACACUUGUUACGAGGAACAAAAUCCUCCAAAAGGUGUUGUAAGCCAGAUGAUGAAAGAUCCUCUGUCCCUCAUAGAGGACAAGACAUUAGCUAACGAGGUGCACCAGUGUAUAUUGAAUGAUCCAAACUACGGGCCCUUGGCGGACAACAUUAAACGUUCUGUUGGUUACGAGUAUGAGUUCAUUCUACGAGAGAGACUUAAAAAUCGAGGCAUUCCAUUCCUUGGUGAAGAUGACUUGAGAAGUCGUGGAUACGACAAAACACCAGACUGCAAACUGGAAAUUCCCAUCGCUGUAGACGGUUGCGUGGUUAAUUGGAUUGAAAGCAAAGCUUCAUUCGGCGAUGAGUACAAUCACCAGACGAAUUUGAAAGAUCAGUUUUGGAGUUACUGGAACAGAUUUGGUCCAGGCCUGGUGAUUUACUGGUUUGGAUUCAUCGAUGAACUCGAUUGUAACCGAGAGCGUGGAAUUAUCUUAAAAGACGACUUCCCUACAGAUAUCAUAACGCUAGAAUCCCUUUUGGAAACUUCCUGAAUAAACCAAACUGUAUGAGGCAAGAAGAAAUCUUUAUGGACUGGAAAGACGGAGGUGAACCAACAAAAAUUUCUGAUUUUGGACGCAGGAUUUGUUAGCGCACGUCUCGUGCGCAUAAAUCAGGACUCGAUAGCGAAAGCGCGAUGCGUGCUCCAUGCUUCAAUUUCCUUGUGGGUUUUAAGCUGUAUCACUGAGCUGCAACAAAACUGGCGUAGUACUUCUCUAACUUCAGCAGAUUAAGUCACACAACUCUCGUGGUCCAGAGUUGUUGGAGCGCGUCCUGGUCUGUGUAAAAUGAAACAGUUAUGCAUGUUGAUGCUCUUCCUGGACAAGAUGGAGAGUUAUAAAAUUUCCCUUACAGUGUUCUGGUACGCACCUAUGCUGGGUGGAGACAGGCAUUGUGAAUCUAAUUUAUCUUUUACAAGAGCACAACACAAUGAGCUCGCUAGAGGUCUACCCGACCCUGUUGCUCACGAGUGACUGGCAUUUAAUUUUCCCUUACAUUAUCCUGCUGAAUCACACUUUAAGGCCAUAAGAAUAAAGGAAAUGAUCACCAA